UUCAUUUGAUAGUGUCACUAACACAGCAAGCUUCUCUUACAUAAUCUGGAAAGAUGAUCAAAUUGUUUAUUCAGAGGUUUUCUCGGGCCUUGUGUGCUCUUCACCGGUCGAAGCGGAAAUGUAUGCCGCGUAUGCCCUUCUGUACAAAGCGGAACAGUUGAAGAUACGCAAAUUGCUUCUAUGGACUGAUUCCAGAACAACAGCGGAAGUCCUAACUGGCGAGCAUCCAAUCAAUAGGGGCGAUAAGCACCGUGAUUUUUAUCUAACGUUAAGGCGAUGAGAACGCGGUUCAGUUGGUUGAUGGUAACUUGGAAACCGAGAGAAAUGAUGUUUUUUGCGGAUGAUCUUGCAAAUCUUGCUAAGCUCCCUAUCAGUGAUUUACCUUCUGCUGUUAAAGUUGCUCUUCUGAAAUGGGCCAGCCACCUCCGGGGUUUACCAGUCUACAGAGUUGAACGGACAAGUAUCACACAAACAGCUGUCAAGAAAUUUAAGAAAGUAAUAUUGGAUGAUGAAACUUAUGGCGUGAAGGGCCCUGACGUCUAUUUUGUUGAAAUCGAAGAGGGCCGUAAGUUGGAAUGCUUGGUUGCGCUUAAACAGGCUCUCAAGCCAAGUCAACUGACAGUGGCCCUUGACAGUUAUGAUGAUAAGUGUGAUUCGUUCAAGGAACAAUUGGGAACUGUCACUCUCAAGAAAUCACGCACAAAUCUUGGUUCAGGGCCAAUGCCUGGUACAUGCAGCAGUUUCACUAGUGAAUCUCUUCCCGCAUUGCCACCGCGUGAUGCGUCCAACACUUCAUCAACCAGCAAAUCUGUGAAUGGGUCUCCCCCCUCUAAAGAUUUGAUGGUGGUGUUGGAUUAUUCAGUUCCUAGGGAUCUUUAUUAUGACGGUGGUGCUUUUCAUGUGGUGCUCGUUACGCCGAGUGAGCGUGAGAGUAUGACUGAGGAGAUCCCAGAGUUGACUGCAUUAGGUUUUGUGUACUUCAAUGAUGUUUGAUUCCCAUUGAAUGAUGUGAAGAAAGAGGAAGCGCAAGAAGGUCAGAAGUAAAAGCAAUGAGGUGCGUAUAUAAUCCACUUGAGUGCAUUAAUGUGUUUGUUAAUGAUGUCCUGUUUAUAACUUGUUAGAGAGGCUAUGGUGGUUAGGAGGUAGUAAUAAUUGGUGCUAGCUCUGUACACUAGUGUAGGACGUUUCAGUUUGAACUGCAAAAACGUCUGAAUUAGUGUACAAACGGAGUAGUUGGUUAGUUCAUACCUUGUCACGGCUUGUUGUCGUAAAUGGUGGUUAUAGGAGACAGUAAUAAUUGGUAGAGUAGUUGUUGAGUUCAUUUGGAUUUGGUGUUACACUACUUGUUGUCAGUUAACUUGCUGCUGCUGUUACCCUAGCAGCCAGCGGGCUGAUGAAUGUGUGCAGAAAAUACCUGGUGUACAGUGGAAGCUUGGGGCUCUGAAGGGUGAGAAGAUUUUGCAUUGAAGCAGUUUUAUCAGCCAAACGGCGGCUUGUUGUGCCAAGUAGUACUCCCUUUCGUUCCUAAAUAUACAGCGUUUUGCUAGUUCAAUUUGAACUAGCAAAACGUCAUAUAUUUUAGGAACGGAGGGAGGACAUAUGUUGUAGCUGGUCUGAGCACAUGAUGUUGUGCGCUGAUGGUGGUACAUGUGCUGAAAGUAGUGUAGCUGGCACUAGCUUCGAAUCAGCUGUGUAAUGGAGUAUAAAUUUACAUCAAGACAUCCUAAUACUAUGCGAUGUAGUCUAUCUAGCUGGUACAGUAGCUCUGAAUCAGCUCAUGUUAUGCUUCCAUUUCUCUACCUGCAUCACUUGCUAUUGCCAUGUGGUAGAAUUUCCUUUGGUCGGCCCUUGUGUUUGGGAGAAAAAUCCUUGUAGAAAAGGAAUUGCCAUGUGGUGGUAGAAUCUCCCUGUCUUUGAACCCUAUCCCCAGGCUCGGGAUGGCGUUUGCAGAGAAGGAAAGGGGAUUGGUCUGAAGCGAGGCUCUGCUCAAGAGGCUGCUGAAUCAGGCCAUUGGGGAAUCCAUGAGCUCGAAUUCAAUGAGCUC